AUGGUAGCUUGGACGCGUUUCAAGUUACUUCUGGCCUUGGUCACCACUCUGGUGACCAUGGUUGCUGCUUCGGCCGAAUGUUUUGACGUCGAGACGGUCCUGCUUCAGGACCCCCACUCUGGGGAACAAUACCAGUUUGGUGAGGUCAAUCUCUUGCCUCCUCGCGCCUUGUUUGGUCGUGCUGUGCACGCUUCUGAAUUGAUCACUGUCACGAUUACCCAUACUACCUGCGGUCAUGAGGAGCCGACCACAACUGUCACAACAGAUGUUCCUUGCACCACUGGGCAUUCGACCACACCACUCACCACUGAGUCUACUACUCCAGUUGAGGUCACUACCCCUGUGCCUGGUUCUUCUCAGUCCAGUGCCCCUCCCAGUACCUCGUCGAUCCCGGUGCCUGUUACCAGUCAGACUUCUGUGACUAGCACCCCUGAGGUGUCUUCUCAGCCGACUGCACCUACUACUUCGUCGGUACCGGUGCCUGUUACCAGUCAGACUUCUGUGUCGAGCACCCCCGAGGUGUCUUCUCAGUCGACUGCACCGGCUUCCUCCCAGACUCCAGUGCCUGUCACUACCACGCAGACUCCCGUGUCCAGCGCUCCUGAGGUGACCACCCAGUCAUCUGUGCCUGCUGGUCCUCACAGUUCUGUUUCCGGAACUACUGAUGUGACCAAGUCUUCUCCACCUGGUACAACCCAGACCCCUGUGCCUGGCACCACUUUUGUGACUUCGCCAUCUUCUGUACCCGGAGCCCCUCAGACUCCAGUGCCUAGUACUACUGAGGUGUCCACUGGAGGCAGUUCGGCAACCAAAGCUGAAUCCUCCACGGUUACUGCCACUCCCACCGAGUCGGUUCCUUCAUCUCGUCCCAAUGGUACCAGCGUGGCUCCUGUUCCUGUCACCACUUCUGAGGACCACACCACUUCCACGGUUUCUGGUACUGUCACUGAAGUGACAACAAGUCCCAAUGCUACCAGCGUGGCCCCUGUUCCUGUCACCACUGUUGAGGACCACACUACUUCCACGGUUUCUGGUACUGCCACUGAAGUGACAACAAGUCCCAAUGCUACCAGCGUGGCUCCUGUUCCUGUCACCACUGCUGACAAUAACACCACUUCUACAAUUCCUGGCACUGCUACCGAGAUAACCACCGAGACGAUCUCGUUGCCUUGCCCUUCCUCCUCGGAAGUGUCUCCUGCUCCUGGUACCACCGAGAUUCCUGGGUCCAUUACAUCUUCUCGUCCUACCAAGGUGGUUCCUGUCCCUGGUACAACUGGAAUAACUUACACAAACUCGACUCUUCCACACGUUCCUAGCACCGUGACUGAUGUGACCACCUAUUACACCACGUCUCCUUGCCUCAACUCAACUGGGCUGGCUCCUACCCCUCCUACCCCAGUGACCACUGAGAUCACUAUCACCGUUGAGGUUCCUUGCACCGAGACUACCAAGUGUCUCAGCACCAAGGUUCUCACCACCAGCACCCUGCCAGCUCCGGAGACAACUGUUCCCGUUCCUGUCCCGGCUUCCACUGAAGAGGUCACUGUCACAGUUGAGAUCCCUUGCACUGAGUCCACCAAAUGCAUCAGUACCAAGGUGUACACCACCACCCCUUCGGAGACUACCACGAUCUCUGUGACUCCGAUUCCGGUUACAGUUCCCGCGCCACAGACCACCACUGAGUUGGUGACCACGGUAAUUCAGCCAACUGCUCCUGGUGUUCCUCCCCAGGAGACCACUCAGGUUGUGACGUCUGUGGUCCAGCCCACUGGCCCUGCCCCACAGACCACCACUGAGUUGGUGACCACUGAGCUGGUGCCACUUCCGUCUGCCACCACUAUCGAGGCUACCACUGUGGUCAAGGUUCCCGUUCCUCCUGCUCAGCAGGAUACCACUUUGGCUACGACUACUAUUCCCAAGCCCGUGGUGACUAAGGCUGAGGGUACCACAACCGAGUCCAAGGUUUCAGUUGUGCCUCCUGAACAGCCUACCUCCACCCAGGAGGAUACUGUUCCCCCUGCUCAACAGCGUACCACUCUGGCUACGACUACUAUUCCCAAGCCCGUGGUGACUAAGGCUGAGGGUACCACAACCGAGUCCAAGGUUUCAGUUGUGCCUCCUGAACAGCCUACCUCCACCCAGGAGGAUACUGUCCCACCAGCUCCUCAUGGUACUUCUUCCAGUGGCACUCAAACCCCAUCUCCUGUUUUCAACAGUGCCAAUGCCGCUGGAAUCAUGGACAGCCGUGUCUUUACUGUGAGCAUUGUGGUUAUGCUCUCCCAUAUCUUUCACUUGAUUCUGUGA